GUCACCUGUUCUCAAAUCAUAGUCCACAGGUCCAUGGCUGGAAAACCUAUGCUCCCUGGAUGUCAGGAAGAGGAGACUGCUAAAGACCCGGGGCCGAAACUGUCCCUGGCACAGCCCCUAGGCCGCCUGCCCAGCAUCGAUGAGGCCCGACCAGAGGCCCGACCAGCAGGUCCGGGCCCGGCCUCCCGCCGGGGUUCAGUGCUGGGCCUCGCCUCAUCCUUCUCGCGGCGCAACUCGCUGGCCGGGCCAGGCUUGGGGGCUGGAGGUCGGCGACCAUCGCAAUGCCCAGUGCCCCCUCUAGCCUCGCGGGUCAGCUUCUCGGGGUUGCCCCUGGCGCCUGCCCGUCGGGUGGCGCCCUCGUACCGCACUGAGCCGGCACCCGGGGAGCGCUGGGAGGCAGCAGCCGCACAGCGAGCCCUGGAGGCGGCGCUAGCCUCGCGCCUGCGCGAUAUAAGCUAUUCCGGUGCAGAAGCGGGGUCGCUGGCUCGGGAGCUCUGCGAUCAGGUGCGAGUGCGCCUGCGCGAGCUCUGCCCACCGCGCUACAAGCUGGUGUGCAACGUGGUGCUGGGACCGCGCGCCGGCCAGGGCGUUCGCGUGGUCAGCCGCGCGCUCUGGGACGCGGCGCGCGACGGGCUGGCUUCAGCUUCUUUCACCAACGCGUCGCUCUUUGCCGUGGCCACAGUCCACGGGCUCUACUGCGAAUGAGAUCACAUUCCACUU